UUGCCUAUAAAUACCCAACUGAAAAUGCCACUCCAAAUCACACACAUACCCAAAUUUCAAAACGUUGAAUUCGAAAGCAAAUGCAAUUGACCGAGUUGAUACCUGGUUUGCCCGAAGAAAUAGCCUACGAGUGCCUGACUCGGCUGCACUACUCGGCCCACCGAGUCGCCUCCCGAGUCUGCCGCCGAUGGGGGGAGCUCAUUAAGAGCAGAGACUUCUACAACCACAGAAAGCAAUACGGGUUCACCCACAAGGCCGCUUCUUUAAUCCAAGCGCUUCCGGUCCGAACCGGGUCGAAGCCGGCCGGACCCGCAGUUUACGGCUUGUCUGUUUUCGACCCGGCGAGCGGGGACUGGGCCCGGGUCAACCCGGUUCCGGAGUACCCGGACGGGCUGCCGCUGUUCUGUCAGGUGACGAGCUCCGAGGGGAAGCUGGUGGUGAUGGGAGGGUGGGACCCGGCGAGUUACCAGCCGGUGAGACACGUGUUCGUGUGCGAGUUCACGACGCAGCGGUGGAGUAAAGGGAAGGACAUGCCGGAGGUCCGGGUGUUCUUCGCCGCCGGGGAACUGGACGGCCGGGUGUACGUCGCCGGAGGGCACGACGAGAACAAGAACGCGCUGAGGUCGGCGAGGGUUUACGACGUGAGGGCGGACGAGUGGGGCGAGCUGGGCGGGAUGAGCGAGGAGCGGGACGAGUGCGAAGGGCUCGUAAACGGGUCGGAGUUUUGGGUGGUGAGCGGGUACGGUACGGACAGCCAGGGCGGGUUUGUGGGGAGCGCGGAGGUUUAUGAGAUCGGGUCGGGUCGUUGGAGGCGGGUCGAGGACGCGUGGAGGGCGGGUGAGUGUCCGAGGUCGUGCGUUGGGAUUGGGAAGGAUGGGAAGCUGUUUAGUUGGGGCGAGAGGGAUUCUGCGGUGAGGUCUGGGCCGUGCGGGGUGGAGUUGGGCCGGUGGGCCUUUGUGUCCGGGUCGGAGUAUCUAGGGGGACCGCAUGAGUUCUUUUUGACGGGAGGGGAAAAUGGGAAAUUGGAGAAGGUAGAGAUGUGUGAGGAGUUCUCUGGGUUCGUUCAGUCCGGUUGCUUCGUGGAGAUAUGAGAGCUCACUUCUUUUACUGCAAGGAUAUUUUUGUACAGUUAGAAGCACUUUUCUUGCUUGUAAGUAGGAAGAGCAAGAUUAUUGCAUGGAAGUUCUUUUACAUCAUGUAAAAUAUUUUGCUUUCUGGGUGGCUAAAGCACACACCCCUUCCAUGAGUAAAUGUGUUUCGAUGACUAUUUACAGUUC